UUGCAGCAUGAAGAAGGAGCAAGUUGUCAACUGUCAGUUUUCGGUCUGGUACCCGAUAUUCAAGAAACAUACAAUUAAAAGUCUGAUUCUUCCACUGCCUCAGAAUGUAAUAGACUAUUUACUGGACGAUGGGACACUGGUAGUCUCUGGGAGUGACCAUAACACACAGCAGACAAACACUAACAGCGACUCUGAUGCAGAGGAAGACAUUCAGUGGUCAGAUGAUGAAACAACCACCACUGUCACAGCUCCAGAGUUCCCAGAAUUCACCUCUAAAGUGCAGGAGGCCAUAAACGCUCUAGGUGGAGGCGUCUUUCCCAAACUCAACUGGAGUGCUCCACGGGAUGCCAACUGGAUUGCACUGAAUAGCUCCCUGCAGUGUUGCAGUCUCAGUGAAAUAUUUCUGCUCUUCAAAAGUUCAGACUUUAUCACCCACGACCUCACACAGCCAUUCCUCAAAUGUAGUGACCAGGAUUCCCCAGAUCCAGUCAUAAACUAUGAGUUGGUCCUGAGGAAGUGGAGCGAGCUGAUUCCCGGCGGAGAGUUUCGUUGCUUCGUCAAAGAAAACAAACUGAUUGCCAUCUCCCAGAGAGACUACACUCAGUAUUACCAGCACAUCUUGAAGCAGGAGGAGCAGAUCUGUCACGCCAUACACGAGUUCUUCAGCCAGCACAUCCAGUACAACUUCCCAGACGAGGACUUUGUGUUUGAUGUUUACAGAGACAGUCAGGGAAGGGUAUGGCUGAUUGACCUGAACGCGUUUGGCGAGGUGACCGACUCCUUGCUGUUCAGCUGGGAGGAGCUGACGUCUGGUGGGAUAAUCAGCCAGCAGCAGGAAGGCCCGGCGUUCCGCUACACCAACAGCGAGGUGACGGUGCAGCCCAGUCCCUGCCUGAGCUACAGGAUCCCCCGCGACUUUGUGGACCUCUCCACUGGAGAAGACGCUUACAAACUCAUCGACUUCCUAAAACUGACCAAAAGCCAACAGGAAGAAUCUGAGGACGAGGAGGAAGAGGAGAACCCCCCGCAGUGAAAGCUGAAGAAUAGCCGCUCGUCUCGUCCGACUUUCCGUUCAAUGUCUUCUGCAUGAAGUGACUCUUCUCUUUACUCCUGCCCUGCUUGAGCUUUUUUUUUCCUUUUUUUUUCUCAGCCUGUUUCCACGCUCCCCCUGGAACGGUACGUGGUGUACCCAGGGUUCUCUUGAAUAGCUCGCUCGUGUAAGUUUAAUGGAACAUGUUAAAUUAGCGGAUCAUCUUAAAGGCUCUUUGAGGAUUCAUUUUCUGUUGACUUGUUCUCUGCCUGCAACUCUCACUGAUUGUUAUGGCUCAGUGAGACGGAGGGAGGGAGUCUUCUGCAGUGUCCAUUAGCUAGUUUUGAUUUUUUUUUUUUUUUAUGUGGGGAGGAAACUGUAUUCCUGUAAGUGGAAGUGUUCAGUAACACUGUAAAGAAUGCCUGUUUUUAUACUUUAUAACAAGUGUGUAUAUUGGUCUAUCUAUCUUAAUUUCAGCCUAAAUAGUGCAUGGAUUUGAAAUGAACUAGUCCACACACACUUUUCAUUGUAUGUGUGUGUGUAUCUGACAACCUCUUAAUUUAACAUUAAAGCCGUUCAU